GCCUGUCUUCCUCUCAUCCUUGACAUCGACUCCUACGCCUAACUUCUUCUGUGUUGGUGGCUUAAUCCAUUCGGACCCAAGAUGAGUUCCUAUGCUCAGCAGCAGGCUCCUCCUCCUCCUCCUCCUCCUCAAGCUUAUCCCCCACCACCCAGUUCUUACCCUCCGCCGGAGCAGGCACCGACUUACGUAGCGCCUCCGCCGGCAGGCUAUCCGACGAGAGAUGGCGGCCUGAGUUCAGCACCGGUUCCGAUCGAGACGAAGAGCCGUGGCGAUGGAUUCUGGAAGGGAUGGUGA